ACUGCCUAAUCAUGCCAGUAGAAACUAUCGAGGAUCCGUACGUUAAACUGAAACUUACGCAAAAACUAAUCGACUUUAUAGUCAAAAAUGUUAAAAAUGAAAAGAACGUGCCCCAUAACAUUAAGACAUUGAAAAACUGUGCUCAAAAUAAGCGUGCAGACUGUACUUUGUCGUUGAAAGAUAUCAAGUGGCUGAAAACUUUUCUGACAGAACAGUCAAACGGUAAGAAAAAAGUUAAUCUUCACGAGCUUUUGGAAGGAGUUGAUGUUCAAUUGCCUCAGCCAAAGAUUACACCGAGAAAUCCGGAUUUGGAAGCUAGGAUAAAAAAACUAAGAGCCCAACAAAAUAACAGGGAUUACAGGGCUAUGACCAAGAGUGUGGAUAAUACUAGAAAGUAUUUGCCAGAUGAUUCUCUAGCUUACCAGAUGAAGGCCAUUAAUAAGCAACUGAUUGCUGUAUUUACAUUUGUUGUGACUGUAGCAGCUGGUUUUGCAUUUGGUUUCUGGGGUAUAUUUUGGGAAACAGAAGGUGUGGACCUAGGGUUUAGAUUGCUGAUAGGAAUAAUAUGUGCUUUAAUAAUAGCACUCGCUGAAAUUUACUUCUUAGCAAAAAGCCUCAGUGAAGAUUAUGAUGAAUUACCUGCAUCUCAACCUUUGUCCAAGAGACCACAUCAAGAUUAAAUCCUCUACUUAAAUGUAUGAUAAACUUUAAUAUCAAUUUAUUCAGUGCGCAUAAUUUUUGAUAGUUCUAUAUACUGUAGGUACGAUUAAGCGUUGAAAUUCAAGAUAAAAAUCAUUGUAAUUCUUGAAUUAAAAAAAUCGCAUUUUGCGUUUAUUUUA